CUCGUCUGUUUACCAGCUACGAAGUUGGUGAAUGAAUAAUUAUGGAACAAAACCCGGACGGCACAACUUUAGUUUGUUGAAGGAAGCGUAGGAAUAGUUUUGGAUUGUGUUGGCACCGAUCCCCGAGGAAGUGUGCCGGACAUUGAAGCACAUUUUUGUAGUGGCCAAACGGCGGUAGUACAACUUCCCUGUUAGUCCGUGACGUCUAUCCAGCAACAACACUUUUCUAGACAUUAUUUAAAUCUUUAGGGUUAAGAGUUGUUAGUGUCGAAGUUGUUUUUCCUCUCCAUUCAUUUCAGGGAGCGGGAGAUCGGAGGCGGUGGCUUAAGGAAAACUCAAGUGCACAUGCUCUCUUGGCCUACGUCCGGGUACUUCUUGCUCUUGAGAGGUAUGGUAUUUUGGCUUCAUGAGCCACUGAGCAACUCUCAUAGGAAUGAACAGGGUCCCGCCUCCAACGCUGUAUCCAGUUCUCUUUAUACAUCCAUGGUUGGUACCAGCAGUUACGGCUAACUUUAGGUUAGCAACAUUAGCUAGCUCAUGUUAAAUCUGAAUACGCAUUCACGUUUACAUAGUUAGCUGUUACCUAUUUUGUGUUAACUGGCAGUUAAAGUUAGAUAACAUUUACAGAGAGUUGGGAAGUUUAACUCCCUUCAAAAAAAGAAAAAAUCAUGGCGUCGCUGCGGUUCAGUUCAUAUGCAGAGAAGCAGUUCUGACUUUGGGCUGUCAACAAGCGAGCUGACGUUAGCUAACCAGCUAGCUGUCCUGCUAACAUGGCCCAACUAGCAAACGGCCGGCAAUCCUUCGACACAAUGAGUGUCCGGACUAUUAGCAGCAGUCGCAUGGACGACGAAAGCUCUCUGGGAUCGGAUUCAGAGAUCAAUGGAUUCACCAGCGACAGACAGACCGACAAAUAUGGAUUCAUUGGUGGGGCACAGCAGACGGACGGCUCAGCGCAGGAUUUGCCUCCCCAGGUGCUCCGGCAAAGGGAAGUGAAGUGGCUUGACAUGCUCAGCCACUGGGACAAGUGGAUGAUCAAGAGAUUCAAUAAGGUUAGACUGCGGUGCCAGAAAGGAAUUCCUCCUGCCCUCCGAGGCCGUGCAUGGCUCUACCUGUCGGGGGGAAAGGUGAAGAAAGAGCAAAACCACGGAAAGUUUCAGGAGUUGGAUAGCCAGCCUGGAGACCCUAAAUGGGUAGAUGUGAUUGAGAAAGACCUCCAUCGACAGUUUCCUUUCCAUGAGAUGUUUGUGUCUCGGGGAGGACACGGGCAGCAGGACCUGUUCCGUGUUCUUAAGGCCUACACUCUGUACAGACCAGAGGAGGGAUACUGCCAGGCUCAAGCUCCUAUCGCUGCUGUUUUGCUUAUGCACAUGCCUGCCGAGGAUGCCUUCUGGGGACUGGUCCAAAUUUGUGAGAAGUACCUUCCUGGCUACUACAGUCCUGGCCUGGAAGCGAUACAGUUGGAUGGAGAGAUCCUGUUCGCUCUGCUGCGACGUGUCUCCCCGCUAGCCUACCGCCAUCUGGAGAAACACAAGAUCGACCCCAUCCUCUACAUGACUGAGUGGUUUAUGUGUGCCUUCUCCAGGACGCUGCCCUGGGCCUCUGUGCUGCGUGUCUGGGACAUGUUCCUCUGUGACGGAGUGAAGAUAAUCUUUCGUGUGGGUUUGGUGCUGCUGAAGUGCAUGCUGGGAACUCGGGAGAAGCUGAAAGCCUACCAGGGACAGUAUGAGACCAUGGAGCUCCUCAGGUCCAUAGAGCCUCGAUACAUGCAGGAGGGCUUCCUGGUCCGAGAGAUUCUGGAGGUACCAGUGACAGCGCGAGACGUGGAAAGGGAGAAUCACACCCAGCUGAAGCGCUGGAAGAAGAACCGCGGAGAGCUGAAUUUUAAAUCCCCCCCAAGGUUGCACGGUGCCCGGAUCAUCAUGUUGGCCGAACCUCCGAGGCGCCAGGACUUGCAGCAGAACCCCACCAUCGUACUGGAUGUGCCUCAGCCCAUCCCGCAGUUGAAGAAGGGAAAGGAAGAAAAGAAAAGCAUGAAGAAGAAGAGAAGCAUAAAGAAGUCCCUGCCCAUCGUGGAUAUCCCGAAUCCUUACUCUCUUCCCAGUGACCCUCCUCCGCCACCACCCUCAGAUCCACCCGCUCCACCUCGAGUCAUCAUUGACACGCCACAGACUCUGCCAGAGAUUGUGUCGGAGAUUGUGUCGGAGAGUGUGCCCGAGAGUGUGCCCGAGAGUGUGCCCGAGAGUGUGCCGGAGACUGUGCCGGAGACUGUGCCGGAGACUGUGCCGGAGACUGUGCCGGAGACUGUGCCAGAGACUGAAACUGACCCCCUUCAGCAGCAGCAGCAGCAGCAGCAGCAGCAGCAGCAGCAGCAGCAGCAGCAGCAGCAGCAGCAGCAGCAGCAGCAGCAAGCGCCUCCUACAGAUGUUCCCCCUGCCAAAGAAACUUCACUUCAGCGAUCCACACAAAGCCUUAGCAGCACAGAUCAGGACACAUACCUGUAGCUCCACGGAAGUGUGUGUGUGUGUGUGUGUGUGUGUGUGUGUGUGUGUGUGUGUGUGUGUGUGUGUGUGUGUGUGUGUGUGUGUGUGUGUGUGUGUGUGUGUGUGUGUGUGUGUGUGUGUGUGUGUGUGUGUGUGUGUGUGUGUGUGUGUGUGUGUGUGUGUGUGUGUGUGUGUGUGUGUGUGUGUGUGUGUGUGUGCGCUAGCACGCUUCAGUCAACGACCAGCCAGCCUUGCCAAGGUUUAUUGUUGUAGUGUCAGACUGUUAGUUAUCAUUUAUUCAUUUUAGACACCAUUUUGCCUAUCAUAUUAUUGGUAUACACUAAAGCGGCAUUGCUACGUGUAAAACUACUAUUGCUUAUGCUGUUUUGUACACAUGAAGCUGAUGUUACCUGUAGGGCUGCAACUAACAUUUUUUUUUUUUUAUCAAUUAUUGUGCAGAUUAUUUCAAGAUUAAAGGAUUCAUUUAUUGGAGUUAAAAAUGUCAGCAAAUGUCAUAGUUUCUCAAAAUCCAGAAGGAGUGUCUUGUUUUGUCAGUCCAAAAUCCAGACAUCCAGUUUAAUUUUCUUUUUGGAAUACAAAAAGGAAAUAUCCAUAUUGGAGAGGCUGAACACGACAUUUUCUGACAUUUCUACUUGAAAAAUCCAUUAAUGAUUGAUCGAUUUUACAAAGAAGUUGAGUAGUCUAAUAAGCGUUGCAGCUUUAGUCACUACCUGAUUCCUGAUGCUCUUAUUCAAUACAUAAGUCUUAGUUUUCUGUUUGUAAGGGAGACAUGUUACAGUUAUCGGGAGCAAAGUAAUUUUUUCAGAGAGAAAUGUAACCUAAAAACAAUGUGCCACAGCUAAUGCAGUUUGUCUUUACAUUUCCAUUCAAAUUCAACACUAUUGAGUUCAUCCGAGUUUACAAACUCCAUGCGUUUCUUCUUCUUAAGCAUUUUGAGCUCAUCAGGGGUUUGGUCCACUAGAGGGCAGCCUUGCAGAGGUUUCAGCUGUUACAUUUCCUCUCAGUAAAGUACAUAACAGCAGGAUGAUGGGAUUUUUUUCAAGACUUACUUUGGGAGGUAUUAUUCUUACAUUAAGCUUCAGGUUUUUUGGGGGUUUUUUCCCUGUUUCGCAUGUGCUUGUGCAUUUCAUAUUGUGAAUUGGAAUUAAUCUACCUGAAUCCAUGGGUCACACCACACUGUGCAAAGUCUUUUCUUACAAGCGCUAUUUAUUUAACAGUGUCCACCUGAAGUGUGUUGUUUGUGCAUGCCUUGCUAUUGUCACUUUUUUUAAGAGUUAGUUGGAUUGAUGUGGGUUAACUCCUAAUAUUCCCUGUGCCAGGCACUUCCAGCCACUUUAAAGGAGCAGUAAUUACUUUACUUUGGCAGCAGAGAGAUCACAGAACAUUCCUGCUGUAUGACACAUUCCUUCUGCCUUGGUAAAAAGCUCAUCAGUCCGAAAGCUGUCUCUUGCCAAAAACAAAUGUCCAUGAUGUAUGAUUUUGUGCAUGUGUUUCCUGUGACAUCUUGGGACAGUGAGUGAGUGAAAAUCACCUAAUGGUGCUGACCCUUUAUCUUGGUCUGCUCAAAAAUCCAAUUGGAGCAGAUUUAGCAAAUCUUGUAGUGCGUUUGAUCUUUUUUUAAUAUUUUGCUAGAAUUUCCAAAGCCGAUCAAGACUGUGUUGUAUUGAGAUGAUUUACAGCCGUUACCUGUGACCAGGCAUAUUCUGUUACUAAAUGCAAAAGAAGUGAUUUCUAACUUUCUUUGGGAUAUUUGUAGCAUCUCAUUUUGGAAAACCGGGCCUCUUUCUUUGGGAAAUAUAUUGUUACAUGCAGGGGUUGUUUUUCAAAACAUAUUGGACAAUCUUUUUUGUGAGGGGAACAAGUUUCUAACUUUCAUCACAAGGGUUAAGGGAGUUUUGACAAGCAUGAGCACACACGUCUAUGAUGUGUUAGCAUCUAUGAUUAAUAUAAAAAAAAGUGUCUGCCUAAAAAAGAGCAUGUGUUGGGUCAGUUAUAAAAAGCAAUGAUAUUUUAAUUGAUAACACUUUUUCAAAGACCCCUUUUAUGCAAUAGUUUAUUUUAGUUGCUUAUAUUACACAACUCACAUUUUGCUGAUGUUUUGUUUUUAAUUUAAUGCUGUUGUGUAGAUAAGACAUGUAAAAUAACAAUUGUUUUGUAAGGAAAUCUAUUUUUCAAUGUCUGAUGUUAUAUUUUAUUGAGCAGCUCCAGAAACUGCAGAGGAAACAUCAUCAAAUAAUUGUUAUUAACGUUUAGAGCAUGUCAGAUGUUUUGGUUGCCCUAAAUAAGAUUGGUAUUGUUUUUCCAUUAUUUUGUUACAAUAGGAUUAUAAAAGCGAUAUUUGACAACCCUAAAGUUAGCAUCAUCACAAGUUUUAAUUUUACAAAUAAAUGAUGGUUUAAAGCCGAA